UACCCGUACUCGCACAUAUAAGUAAUCGCAGCAUCGAUGGACCCCAAAGGAUCGUCCAACUUAUCAGCGCGCGCGUAAAAAACGAUUUAAAACCAUUGUGAAAUCAAAGCAGGCGCGUGCACAACUAACGAAACAACAACUGCAAAAAUAAUAUUAUGUACAACAAAAAAUAAGAAAAAACCAAAAACCAACAACGUAAUGUACAAACGAGCCGAACACAAUUUAUAACGAAAGAAACUCAUGUUCGUAGUUAUAGUUUUUAGUAUCAGCUCGUAACACCAACUGAGCAGGCCGUGAAGCAGCCUGCUGGCUGUUUGGCAGGUGACUCAAAUACAGAGAGCCAUAGAGCCGUGGCACCGUAAAUCUGAGAGGCAGGCAGGCAGUCAGCAGUCAGCCCACUGGUCAGCCAGCCAUCAGGCUGGCAGAGAGGAGGUAACAAAAACCGACUGCACGCGGCCCUAACUGUGUCAGUGCUUGGAUGACUUCGACGGCGCUUGUUCCUGUUCCCGAGCUAACCGAGUUAACGCUCCCUGCAAACAACUACCAAAAAGUUAUUACAAAAUAUUUGGCGAGCACACACAUACAACAUGUUGUACCAACGGCUAAUGCAAUGGUCUGCCACCAAUAGCUGUUGCAGCAGCGGCCGUGGCGGCGUCAACUGCAAAUCGGUUGUACCCCGACUUCUGCUGCUGCUGAUGUUGCUGCUGCUGCUGAGCGGACACAUCGAGUCGGUGGAUGGCCACAAAGUGACGGCCACUCUAAUCACAAACCACAACUAUCCGGUGGAGGAGCACACGGUAAACACGCCCGAUGACUAUAUUCUCACCAUCUAUCGCAUUCCCACAUCUCCGAAGCUGCACCCACAGCUGUCGAAUGAGACGACCCAGAAGCCAGUAGUCUUUCUGCAGCAUGGUAUUCUGUGUGCCUCCGAUGACUGGAUCAUCAAUGGGCCUGAAACGUCGCUGGCCUACAUGUUCGCCGAUGCAGGGUAUGAUGUGUGGCUGGGCAAUGCUCGGGGCAACACAUACUCCCGCCAGCACAAGCACAUCCAUCCGGACACUUCGGACUUUUGGAAGUUCAGCUGGCAUGAGAUUGGCGUCUAUGAUUUGGCAGCCAUGCUGGACUAUGCCCUGUCGGCGAGUAAUGCUAGUUCACUGCACUUCGUGGCCCACUCGCAGGGAACGACGACGUUCUUUGUACUGAUGUCUUCGUUGCCGUGGUACAACGAGAAGGUGAGAUCGGUGCAUCUACUCGCUCCGAUUGCCUACAUGCGCAACCACUCGUUCAUCCUGUCCAAGCUGGGAGGCAUCUUCCUGGGCUCUCCCUCCUUCCUGAGCUGGAUUCUGGGCAGCAUGGAACUGCUGCCCAUUACCAGCUUGCAAAAACUGAUGUGCGAGCAUGUCUGCUCCGAGGGAUCCAUGUUCAAGUUCCUGUGCUCGGGGCUGCUCGAUUUUAUCGGUGGCUGGGGCACGCGGCAUCUCAAUCAGACCCUUUUAACGGACGUUUGUGCCACACAUCCAGCGGGUGCCUCCACCAGUCAGAUCAUCCAUUAUCUGCAGCUCUACACAUCUGGGGACUUUCGACAGUACGAUCAUGGCAGGGAGCAGAACGAGAUCAUCUACCAGCAGGCCACGCCGCCCUCCUACAAUGUAAAGAACAUCAACAGCUGCGUCCACAUGUACUAUAGUGACAACGAUUACAUGUCCGCCGUGGAGGAUGUCGAGUAUUUGGCCUCCCUCCUACCCUGCGCCGAGCUCUACCGCAUUCCCUACUCGGACUGGAACCACUAUGACUUCCUCUGGUCCAUCAAUGUGAAGGAGGUGAUCAACAAUAGGAUAAUAGAUAAAAUGGAACGAUACGACAUAGAGCACGCCACAGGAAUGAGUUUCUAGCGAUAGUCACAUGGUUACCACAUCCUCUAUGGCGGGGUAACAACAAUUUUUAGCCCAUUCUAAGCACUGUACAUAAUUUGUAUAUACCAAUUCUAUAUUAAUUCGAUGAUAGCUACCAAUGAUAAUGA